UGAGGACAGAGGCAGGGUGACGGGGACUGUCCCUGCGGCCGUCACUACCUUUGUGGCCGUCGGGACUUCUCUGCUAAAGCGACUGCAAGACCAUGAGGGUGACCGAGUGGAGACGUACCGGGAGCUGGAGAGCGUCUUGUGGGGAGACGACGGCUGUUUGACGAGUGGCGUUGUGAACCGCCUGAUAGCAGAGGCGCUGAGUGACAUGCGAGCGGCCCAGGGUGUGACAGGUGACGUGAAGAUGGCCGCGAGUGACGUCCUGGUAGCUCUGGCCCGCUCCCACUUCCACUUUGUCAUGUCGGAGCUCCAGAGCCACCUGAAGGCCAUGAGGAAGGUCCCUGAUGAGAUUGUGCUCCUCACCUUGGGCAAAAUGGCCCGCAGAUAUGCCCUGCGGUGCAUCCCCUUUGUGGGAAUGACGCUGCUCGCCCUGCGCGCCGUGCUGACCCAGGUGGGGAGCGGCGAGGUCCUGCAUGCCACUCUCACAUGUUCCCUUCUCCUUUGUCCUGCUGCAGUUCUGGAGCAAUGGUCGAAAGGAGUCCAUACAUACUUGUGCAGCUGGGAGCAAUGCCCCUUCCCUCGCAAGGGGGUGGCACAGUUCUGUGAAGCCAUUUACCCGGUCUUCCGCUAUGUGGUGGCAAAUUGGCUGGACUGCAAGGAGGAAGAGGACAAGCAGGCUGUCCUCGGGGCAGUGGCUGCCAUGCUGGGGGUCCUUCUGCAUGAGGAGCAGCACCGAGAGCAUACCUGGGAGCAGCUCCUCUGGCUCCUGCAGCAAUACAAGGAGGUCCGAGACACCUCCCGGGUCACCAAGCUCUCUGAUGUGACCAAGGAGCCUGGCCUGGCCCAGAAGGCAGUGCUGUCCCGCUGCAUCAUGCUGCAGGGGAAGCUGCCCCAGGUGGGGGCCAUGUGCUCGUUGUGCAGUGACCCCAGUGCCCAGGUGCGGAGGGCAGUUCUGGAGUUCAGCAGGGAGCUGCUCAGCUCCGGAUCCCAGAGCUGCUGGCCAUGGGAUGUGGUGGGGCACAUCUUCAGCGAGUUCAGCCGGACCUCGGGCAGACUGGUGGCAGGAGGCCUUUUUGCCUGGGAAAACCCAGAGGAUAAAGCAAUUCGAGCCCUGUGCAUGGACAUCCUGGGCUCCCUGGACGUCACUCUGAGAGGGAUGACCAAACUCCUGUGGCCGAGGCUGCUGCAGUACGUGGUGCCAGCCCAGUACAGCGGCAUGCUGAUCCCGCUCUCCCGCUGUGUCCGAGCCCUGGUUGAGAGACGGGAGAGAGCGGGGUGCGAGGAGGAGGAGGAGGAGCCGGAUGCCAUGGAAUCCCAGGAGCAAGGUAGGAGCCCCAGCGAGUGCUGCUGCUGGGUUUGGCCAGGGGUCAGGCCAGCCCGCAUCUCCCUGCGCCCCACCAGCCCUGAGCAGGAGCCCAGGAAAAGCAAAGGGCAGAGACAGGCUCUGCUGCUGGGCACGAGGCACUCUGCCCUGCGUGGCCCCUUGCCCGGCGCAGAGGCCCGGCUCUCCUGCUCGCAGCGCUCUCCUGGUGAGCCGGGGCUCGCUCCUGGCCGUGCUGGAGCUGCCUUCAUCUCCUGCUGGGCAGCCCUGGGGAGCCCCCCAGCCAGCGCUAUUGCAGCGCAGCUGCUCUCAGCCCUCAGCCCUGUGUGGGGCUAUCGGAGGUGUGAGGCUCGUCGGCUCAGCCAGCCUUUCUGCCUCCCCACAGCCCGGCUGCCGGCUCCCCAGGCCCUGCUGGCUCGACUGCUGGUGGUGGCGGCAGCUCCUUACCCGAGCCGCGAACGCGCAGUCGCUGCCUUGCAGCUGCUGCAGGCCCUCCACGGCAGGAUCCACAGAGGCUUGGGGGUGGCGUGGGCGACCGAGAUCCCCCUCCUGCUGCAGUACCUGGAAGGCAGAACUGAGAGCUCCCUGGCCUCUGCAGAGUGGGAGCGCCGUGUGCUUAAGUUUCUGCGAGCGUCGCUGGAGCCCGUCGAGGACGAGGCCUGGACCGUAGGCCUGAGCCAGGAGCUGAGCCAGCGGCUGGGCAGCUCUGCUGCCGGCUCCUGGGAGAAGCUUUUCCUGUACAAGGCUCUUGGGACGGUGCUGGCAGCUUGUCAGGACCUCAGACACGUCCAAGGGCAGGUGCUGAGGUUCCUGCGGGACACAAACCCUGUGGAGCUGUCUGAGGCCAAGGGAAUGAUUUCUGUUGUGUCCCACGCUGCCGAGAGCCACUUCCACCUGGUCCUGGGCACGGUGACUAUGUUCUCUGCCACUUUCACCAGAGACUGGUCCUACCAGGCUUCCACGGGCUGGAAGGUACAGCGGCGGCAGAAGAUGGAGAGAACCCAGACCAUUCGUGCUGCUCUCAUGCGCACCUACGGCGGCAUCGCACUGCACGCCCCCAAGGAGCAGCUGCUCACCUGUGUGGAUAAAGACAUCAUGGGCAACAUCCUGAGGCUGUCCAGAGAUAAACAGAGGGUAGGAGCACAGGGCGCACCUCCCAAGGAGGGUUUUGUCCUCAACGUCCAGAUGCAAGCCCUCCGUGGGUUCCCCCUGCCCAUGCUCCUCUUCCACCUCUCAGCCCUUCAAAGAGUUCAAGGGGUGCUUUGCUCUCUUUGGCCUCAGGACUUGCAGCUCAAGCUCGCCCUGGUGCAGAGCAUCGCCGAGGUCAGUUGUGCCAUCCAGGCUGUGGGCGACUGCGGCAGCUUUGAGCUCUCCUUAAAGCAGGAGGCGACGCGGACCCUGCUGGCCUGGAUAAAGAGGGAGCCCUGGGACUCGCUGGUGUAUGGAGUGUUUCAGGCCCUGGAGGAGUUGAGCAAGCUGAGGCCGCCUCUGAGCGGGAAGGAAAAUCGCAACCUGCUGGCAGUGUGCUGCCAGAGUGUUUUGUCCCAUCCUUCCGAGGAGCGGAUGAAAAAGGGAAGGAAGAGUGUGAGGGCAGCUGUGAACAUGGAGCUUCUGCACAGGAGAGGCAUGGAAGAUCUGGGCCACCUCAUAGAAACCCUUCUGGAGGCUGAGGCGACCUCUGCCUGCUUUGACGACGUGGUCCACAGAGGAUGUCCCUACAAGCACUUCGGCUCCCUGGUGGGACUGCUGGGGUCUCUGACCAGCGACUGCCUGGCCACGUGCCGCCAGAGGGCAUGGGUCUGCCUUGGCUACCUUCUCCAAAUGCAAGCCAAGAGAAUGAAGGUGCCGCAGACAGAUGAGAUCUGGUGCCUUUGUGAGGAGCUGAACAGCCCGCACACCGAGACUUCGGCAGAGACCUGUACCGAAAUAACAAAGGCUGUUUGCAGAUGCAUCCCUGCAGCACAGGCUGUGGACUUUCUGACUGCCGUCCUGGGCAGCUUGCUGCAUGUCAUGCCCCCAUGUGCAAGAGCAGUGUGGAAGUGGGUGUUCGUCUUCCUGGUGGAAUGCAGAAAGGAAAUAGUCCAGGAGGUGCCAAAAAUCUUGGACACCCUUUACAGCUACAUGCAGCAGAGCACCCACAGGCCCUUCCUGCUCCAUGCAGUGUUUCUCCUCACCCGCUUUCACCAGGAGCCCGUAAUCAGCAGUCUCCUCCAGAAGAGUCUCUUCAUGGACAGUGACACGGUGGAGCUGUGGAGGAGCCUGGGGAGAAGCAUCCUUGGGAUUCGGAUCCUGAGGUGCUUAGCGGAGAAACUAAACAGAGCAGGAAACGACCGCCCGGGGACGGGCUCCUCCACUUGUGAGCGGCACGACCGUCAGACUGCUCUGGAGACUCUGACGAUCACCUGUGCCAUCUCCGAGGUGGUGCUUGCCCUGAGGAGCACGGAGGAGCUCAGGCAACUGCUUCCCCACCUCCUUCCCAGCCUCCUGAGGUGGGCCAGUGAAAUGCUGGGUGAGGAGAGGCUGCUUUUGCUCAUGAGCAGCUGGGGAGAACUGUUCCUCGAGUGCCAAAUGCACGUGGAGAAGCCGUGCAGGGUUUUCCUUUCAGCUCUAGAGUUGGUGCUGGGCAAAUGCAUGGCGCAGAAAUGGAUGCAGCUGCUCGUGAAUUGGGCAGUGUGGGCUCGCCUGGAAGACCCCCUGGCUUACCCUGAGGGGGUGUGUCUCCUGAGCAGGACAAACUCCAGGAAGGAGAGAGUGCUGCAGAGAAAGUGUUUGGAGGUGGACACCUUCUGGUCCGUCCCCACUGUGACUGUGGACAUUACCAUCAUCAUCUUCCUUCUGCACGCCAUCAGGAUGGCCAAGGAUAUCCCCAUUCCCCCUCUGGACCUCAGCUGA